AUUCAACUUUCUGUGAUAAUAAAAAGUGAACCAGAUUACACUAAAUUCACUCAGAAUGGAUCACCUGUAGCUUCACCACUGGGAUCCCAAGGCGGUUCAGCAGACAAUGGCUUAGACAAGCUCGGUGGUGAUGGAAAAGUAGGGGAUUACCAGGGCCCAGGUGGAAAAUCAGGUAGACUGCAGUCAGGAAUUUAUCAAGAUCAUGAUACAGGGAAUUUCAAGCCUUCUUCUGAUCCCAUUUCACCACCAUCUCAACCUGCAUAUUCAUCAAAUCAAAUGAAAAUUAUCUCUGUUCUUGUCUCAAUUGCUGGAAUUUUCUAUUUCGCCUCCCCCAAGUCCCCGGAACCAAAUAACCGAAUUGUAGAAGGUGAAAGCUUGGUGGCUAUUCCUCCAAAGCAUGAAGUUUUGGCGAUUAGUCCUUCCGGACGAGGAUGGAGUGAUGACUACCGGACCCUGGGAGAGAACUAUCCUGAAAGUGUCUUCUGUGUAAAUCAAAAAUUGUCAAACGACAGUGGAACUAAGAAGAGAAUGGGCCGGGAAGGCAAUUACGAUAUAUCUGCUCCUUUCAGUACAACUAUGAUUUCCACGACGAACACCAGUUCUAAUUAUCCUAGUAAUAUUAUUACUGGACCUCGUUUCAUUGGAUCCUAUCAGAAUAUCCCGGCUUCCCCAAAGAUGGCACCAGCAUGCAAAGCAAAUUUGAAUAAACCCCUCAUGGUAUCCACCAUUCGUCCUGCAGAACACAUCAACCUUGAAUUAACCAACCGUAAACCGACCGCCAUCUUGGCUCCAGAUGGUCGGCUAAUUCCAAUCGAAAACACCGAAUUUUACGGAUUUUCUGAAACAUAUCAAACACUUGAUCCCUCUACUUUCUCAAAAAGUACCAAGAAGACUAAAGAGAGCUCUCGACCUUCCGAAUCCACAAAUGUCACUUUCAACCUUGAAAUGAUUCCAAUGUCCCAGUCUAGCGACAACAGGGAAAAUUGUGGUUUCAGUCGACUUCUCAAAAAUGACAUCAUAAGUGACAAAGGAGAGGAUAAUGAACGCGAGGAGCAAAAUAAGUCGAUCGAUGACGGCAGGCACGAGCUUUUAGUGUAUGGGAAGUCUGGUAAUCACUCAAGUUUUGUGUAG